AGCGAGAAGGGAACCAAAUAGGCGGCUGCACCAGGUGCACUUUGGCAAAGCCAUCCUGCACGCCGACUAUGCUGCAACAUUUUUUGCACCCACAGAUCCCACCGCGGGCAAUGGCGUCCGAGUCAACUCCCCCGCCACAAACCCAGCCUCCCCCGGCCGGCCAUGCCAUCGUCGCCCACGCCUCGUCCACCGCCGCGUGCCCCAUACCAUGAGCCCGCCGCUCCAUGGGCUCAGUCUCACCGAUGCGUCGCCCGUUCCCUCUCGGCGUCCUGCUCCUCCUCGGCGUCGUCCUGCUGCGGGUCCGCGCCGACAAGGUCGCCACAGAGCUCAUCACCCCGGACUUCGCGGCGUCGUACCUCCUCUUCAUCGACACCUACGGCGCGUUCCUCGCGUCCAGGAGCGGCGCGUUCCAGGCUGUGGUGUACAACCCGGCGGGGCAGCAGGACCGGUACUACCUCGCCGUGCUCCACGCGCCGUCCAAGACUUGCGUCUGGGUCGCCAACCGCGCCGCGCCCAUCACCGACCGCGCCGCGCCGCUGCAGCUCACAGCGAACGGGAUCUCCAUCGAGGACCCCAACGGCACCGUCGUGUGGUCCACGCCGCCGUUCGCGGCCUCCGUGUCUGCGCUCCGGCUCGACGACUCCGGCAACCUCGCGCUCCUCGAUGGGAGGAACGCCACGCUGUGGCAGUCGUUCGACCGGCCCACGGACUCGAUCGUGUCGUCGCAGCGGCUCCCCGUUGGGCGGUUCUUGGCGUCCGCCGUGUCCGACUCAGACCUGUCGGAGGGGGACUACCGGCUCAACGUGACGGCCGCCGACGCCGUGCUCACGUGGCUAGGUACUUUGUACUGGCGGUUGUCGAGUGACGCUAGCUCCGUCAAGGACCGCGACGGCGCCGUUGCGUACAUGGCCGUGAACGGCACCGGGAUGUACCUUCUUGCAGCGGACGGCGGCAUCAUCAUCCAGGUCUCCUUGCCGGCAGCCGGGCUGCGUAUUGUUAAGCUGGGCUCGGAUGGGAAGCUACAGAUCGCGAGCUUCGCGUCGGCGAACUCGUCGUCAACACCGAUGGAUGGUGGGUUCGUGGCGCCGAGCAAUGUUUGCGAACUGCCGCUAUCCUGUGGCGCGCUCGGGCUCUGCACGCCCAAGGGCUGCUCGUGUCCGCCGAUAUUCGCAGCGUCGCACGACAGCGGCUGCGCGCCGUCCGACGGCUCCACUGUGCUGUCUGUCGGCUCCUGCGGGGGCACUGCUCCCGUCUCGUAUGUCAACCUUGGCAAUGGCGUCUGGUACUACGCCAACAAGUUCUCGCCGCCGGCCUUGGCCGGCGGUAACAUGUCGUCGUGCCAGGUACUCUGCACAAGCAAUUGCUCCUGCCUCAGCUACUUCUACGACAUCUCGUCGUUGUCCUGCUACUUGAUUCAGCACCAGCUCGGCUCCUUCAUCAAAGUGAACUCCACCAAUGGCUCCGACAAGCUCGGCUACAUCAAGGUCCAGAGCUCCCAGACACCAAGGUCAUCGAACAGUUCGUCCUCAAACAGCACUCUCAUUGCAAUCCUGAUACCGACGAUCGUCGCGUUCGUUCUCAUCGUCGUCGUCAGCGCCGUCAUAUUCACGUCGUGGCGUAAGGAAAACAAGCGCGGGGGGAGGCGCCAGUCGCGCUCCGGGAACCUGCAGGUCCGGCGGCAGCGUUCGCCCUCGGACUCGGCGCACCUCGUGAGCGUGAUUGACGACAACGGCGAUGACAUCGUCAUCCCUGGCCUCCCGACCAGGUUCACGCACGAUGAGAUCGAGGAGAUCACCAACAGCUUCCGAGUCAAGAUCGGCGCCGGGGGGUUCGGCGCCGUGUACAAAGGCGAGCUCCCGGACGGCUCUGAAGUAGCCGUGAAGAGGAUCGAGGGCGUCGGGAUGCAGGGCAAGCGCGAGUUCUGCACCGAGAUCGCCGUCAUCGGCAACAUCCACCACGUCAACCUCGUCCGCCUCCGCGGCUUCUGCACUGAGGGCCAGCGCCGCCUCCUCGUGUACGAGUACAUGGACCGCGGCUCCAUCGACCGGUCCCUGUUCCGCCCGAACGGUCCUCUGCUGGAGUGGAAGGAGCGGAUGGACGUCGCCAUCGGCGCGGCGAGGGGCCUCGCGUACCUCCACUUUGGUUGCGACCAGAGGAUCAUACACUGCGACGUCAAGCCGGAGAACAUCCUGCUCGCGGACGGCAGACAGGUGAAGAUCGCCGACUUUGGGCUGGCGAAAUUCCUCACCCCGGAGCAGUCCGGACUCUUCACGACCAUGCGGGGCACGCGCGGGUACCUCGCGCCGGAGUGGCUCAGCAACGCGCCCAUCUCCGACCGCACCGACGUGUACAGCUUCGGGAUGGUGCUCCUGGAGCUGGUGCGCGGCCGCAAGAACCGCAACGAGCACGUGGGCGGCGCUGGCGGCGAGGCCUCCAAUUCCUCGAACGGGACAACUGGCAGCUCGUCGCGCGGCGCGAAAAACGAUUAUUUCCCGCUCGCCGCGCUGGAGGGGCACGAGGCCGGGCGGUACGCAGAGCUGGCCGACCCGCGGUUGGAGGGGCGGGUGGUCGCCAAGGAGGUGGAGAGGGUGGUGAAGGUGGCGCUGUGCUGCCUCCAUGAGGACCCGCAUCUGCGGCCGAGCAUGGCGGUCGUGGCCGGCAUGCUCGAGGGCACCAUGGAGCUGUGGGAGCCGCGGGUGCAGUCGCUCGGGUUCCUCCGGCUGUACGGCCGGGGGUUCUCAGGGCCGGCCGACGGCGGAUGCAGCGACGUCAAGCUCACGCCGAUGAUGAUGGGGUCCAUUGGGGAUGGGUCGGGGACGACGACGACGUUGACGACGAUGAGCGGGUUACCGUCGUACAUGUCGUCGUCUCAGCUCUCCGGGCCGAGGUAGCGAGGCGCCGGCGGCAAAAUGAUUCUAGCUAUAGAGAGUACGGUUGUAUUGAUCAUUUUGGUUCCUUGAUAUCACCACAGACAAAUUAGUUUGUGUAUCAACGAGGUCCCGGGUCUAUAUCUCCGCCAUUUUGUUGCAUUGCCUUGUUUUUUCUUUUGAUAUAUUUCUUAAGAGAGAUGGAGGGUGAAGAGGAGUGAAGACGCUGAAAUCGUUUUAUGCUGUAC